AUGUCGGUAAAUUUCCGAAAGCCUUUUGGUCUCCAGAUCUUCCGCGGCGUGAUGGGGAAGGUUAUCGCUCUCGGUCUGAUUUUUGCUGCUAUUGGGCAACUUGUAUCGUGCUUCGACCCUCCUACCAUUCCACUCAAUUGGACGACGCAGUACGCGUGCGCCGUCGAUGUGCCCUCGCGCGUGAUCUCAGGAGACGUCACCACGCAGUCUACCAACAACACUCCCGCCUCGUGCAUCGAAAGCUGCGAUGCUGCGGACUAUAUCUACGCCGGCGUUGAAUAUGGCGACGAAUGCCACUGCGGGACCGGGCUCGUGGGCACACCGACGACAGCGCCCGAAUCGGACUGCGAUAUCGCGUGCAGCGGAGACGCAGACCUGUCGUGUGGUGGUUCAUGGCGUAUCCAAAUUUACAAGUCUCCCGCUCUGCCUGGAGGCGGAUGGGCUCUGGAAGGGUGCUUCGUCGACACGCCGACGACGCCCGCGUUUGGCAGCCCGGUCGUGCACCAGACGUUCAGCACGAACCUCGACCUCAUCGACCAGUGCGUUGACUACUGCCAGCACAUCGGGUACCCGUUCUCAGGCGUGGAGAACGCGACAGAUUGCCAAUGCAGCUUUGGAUUUGCGAACGGAGUGGAGCAGGUUGAUGAAUCGGAAUGUAACUCGCUGUGUCCGCUGCCGCCUGGCGACGGUAGCGAGUACUGUGGAGGCCCACAGAGGUUGAUGGUGUACGAAUAUACUGGUACAGAUUAA